ACGAAACUUUCGCCUACUAAAAAUAUAUUAAAAAUUUGUGAAUAUGGAAGGGAAAAUCGAUGAAGAAAAUAAGGAAAAACUAGGAACAGAUCCGAAUUUCCAUAGGGAAAUCGUCUGGAAAAAUGCCAUAUUUUUCCUCCUGCUGCAUCUAGUAGCUCUAUACGGACUCUAUUUAAUCCUCACGCUCCAAGUUAAAGUCCUCACGAUCAUUUGGAUCGCCAUUUUGAUCGUAACAACAGGAGAAGGCAUCACAAUGGGAGCUCACCGGCUCUACUCGCACAAAUCCUUCAAAGCCACUCCAUUUUUGAGAUUCCUGCUGAUUAUAUUCCAAACGAUGGCAGGAGAGAACUGCAUGUACGUGUGGGUAAGAGACCACAGGCAACACCACAAAUUCAGCGACACCGACGCGGAUCCCCACAACGCCACCAGGGGGUUCUUCUUCUCCCACAUCGGCUGGCUCAUGUCGAGGAAACACCCGCUGGUCAAGGAAAAAGGGAAAUCCAUCGAUAUGUCCGAUCUGGAAGCCGAUCCUCUCGUCAUGUGGCAGAAACGGCAUUACAAGAGCUUGUAUUUCAUCGCCGCCUUCAUUGUGCCCGUAUUCCUGCCGGUAUGGGCCUGGAAAGAGAACGUCUGGACAUCGACUUUUACUGCGUUUGCGUUGAGAUAUGCGCUCGUGUUGAACUUCACCUGGCUGGUGAACAGCGCUGCUCACCUUUGGGGUAACAGGCCGUUUGACAGGAACAUCCUGCCGGCCGAGAAUCCUUACGUUUCCUGGAUAACGGGCGGCGAGGGCUGGCACAAUUACCAUCACGCGUUCCCGUGGGAUUACAAGACCUCGGAGUUCGGGGCGCGGUUCAAUUGCACCAGGUUCUUCAUCGAAUCGCUGAGGACCAAAGGGUUCGCCUACGAUCUCAGAUCGGCCAGCGAGGAGAUGAUCGAAAGGAGAUGCAGAAGAACGGGGGAUAGUACUCUGUUUAGUACUCAGAUGGGAGGAUAAUGGCGUUAACAUCAACUAUGAAAGUAUGAGGUAUUGUGGAAUUAACGAGUCUCGUUUAAAAUAUAAUAUUUAAUACAAAUAUACAAUAAAAUACAAUAAAAAAAUGA